UACAAGUCUGCAAGGUUGUCAAAGACCGACCAUAUUAAGCAGAUCACGGUUUCUAUAAUAAUAUACAUAUAUAGUUCCAAGUCCAAAUUAAUACGCCACACGAUGCAGAGGUUGCAAAUAAGUUCACGGCCAUCCGAAGAGUUUCUGAUCAACCUCUCGCCGGAUUUUGCAAGCCCUGAAGGUGUUGUUGUCUACGACGUCCCCAAGAAGGAGCUAUCUCCGGUGUCUACCAAUGGAGAGAGAGCUAUUCACAUAAUCCCUCUUGUUCUUUUCCUAUGUGCUUUCCUUCUUUGGGUUUUUUCAAGUACAACCGUAUAGGAGUUACGUUGUUCAUUUGUGAUUCAUCACUUGAUAUCUAUAUAUAAAGUUUUAAAUAAAAGAUUUGCUCUAACAGGAUUAUUUA